ACCCGAAGGCAGCCGAGCCAGCCGGCCUCUUUCCCGGCGGCGGGGGAGCUUUUUGCAAGAAAGAAGAAGAAGCCAUGGCGGUGGAAGAAGAGGGGCUGCGGGUGUUCCAGAGCGUCAGGAUUAAAAUAGGAGAAGCUAAAAAUCUUCCUACGUAUCCAGGGCCAAACAAGAUGAGGGAUUGCUACUGUACUGUAAACCUGGACCAGGAAGAGGUUUUCAGGACCAAAAUAGUGGAGAAAUCACUAUGUCCCUUUUAUGGAGAAGACUUCUGUGAAAUUCCACGAAGUUUUCGUCAUCUGUCAUUUUACAUUUUUGAUAGAGAUGUCUUCCGCAGGGAUUCAAUUAUUGGAAAAGUAGCGAUAUUGAAAGAAGAUUUGCAAAAGUACCAUAACAGAGACACCUGGUUUCAGCUGCAACAUGUUGAUGCUGAUUCAGAAGUACAGGGCAAGGUCCAUUUAGAACUGAGGCUGAGUGAAGUCAUAACAGACACUGGGGUCAUUUGCCAUAAGCUCGCUACACGAGUUCUUGAAUGCCAAGGCUUGCCAAUUGUGAAUGGGCAGUGUGAUCCUUAUGCAACUGUUACCUUAACAGGACCAUGCAGAUCAGAUGUCAAAAAGACUAAAGUUAAAAAGAAGACAAACAACCCACAGUUCGAUGAAGUGUUUUAUUUUGAGAUUACGAGACCCUGCAGCUAUAACAAGAAAUCACAUUUUGAUAUUGAAGAUGCCGAUGAAGUUGACAAGAUGGAAAUCAGAGUUGACCUUUGGAAUGCAAGCAACUUGAAGUUUGGAGAUGAAUUUCUCGGGGAACUAAGGCUACCUUUGAAAUUUCUCCGGCAGUCCAGCUCUUAUGAAGCAUGGUAUUUUCUGCAACCCAGAGAUAAUGGAAACAAGUCACUGAAACCUGAUGACCUGGGUUCCUUGAGGUUAAAUGUGGUUUACACAGAAGACCACGUUUUCCCUUCAGAUUAUUACAGCCCUCUUAGAGACCUCUUAUUCAAAUCUGCAGACGUUGAGCCUGUUUCAGCAUCUACUGCCCAUGUACUGGGCGAAGUCUGCAGGGAAAAACAGGAGGCAGCCAUACCCCUGGUUCGACUCUUCUUGCACUAUGGCAAAAUUGUGCCUUUAAUCAGUGCAAUUGCAAAUGCUGAAAUAAAAAGAACUCAAGACCCAAACACCAUUUUCAGAGGAAACUCAUUAACUUCCAAGUGCAUUGAUGAAACCAUGAAACUGGCAGGGAUGCAUUACCUUCAAGUAACCCUGAAGCCAAUUAUUGAUGAGAUUUGCCAAGUUCAUAAAUCUUGUGAAAUUGAUCCUGUGAAGUUGAAAGAUGCUGAGAAUUUGGAAAAUAACCGGGAAAAUCUUAGGCAAUAUGUAGACCGGAUUUUCACGGUCAUUACAAAAUCUGGGGUCCGUUGUCCUACAGUGAUGUGUGAUAUCUUUUUUUCACUGAGGGAGUCUGCUGCCAUACGCUUUCAAGAUGAUCCAGAUGUUAGGUAUACAGCAGUAAGCAGCUUCAUUUUUCUGAGAUUCUUUGCACCUGCGAUUCUUUCUCCAAAUCUCUUUCAUCUUACACCUCAUCACCCGGAUCCACAAACCUCAAGAACUCUGACGCUCAUUUCCAAGACCAUACAAACAUUAGGCAGCUUAUCGAAAUCUAAGUCUGCCAGUUUCAAGGAAUCAUAUAUGGCUACAUUUUAUGACUACUUCAAUGAGCAGAAAUAUGCAGAUGCAGUAAAAAAUUUCUUAGAUUUAAUUUCAUCCUCUGGAAGAAGAGACCACAAAAGUAUAGAGCAGGCGAUACUACUUAAAGAAGGGUUCAUGAUCAAGAGGGCACAAGGUAGGAAACGAUUUGGUAUGAAGAACUUCAAGAAGAGGUGGUUUCGACUUACCAACCAUGAAUUUACCUAUCAGAAAAGCAAAGGUGACCACCCACUGUGCAACAUUCCAAUUGAAAACAUUCUGGCAGUAGAAAAAUUGGAGGAGGAGUCCUUCAAAAUGAAAAAUAUGUUCCAAGUAAUUCAGCCCGAAAGAGUUCUGUAUAUCCAGGCAAAUAAUUGUGUUGAAGCCAAGGACUGGAUUGAUAUCCUCACCAAAGUUAGCCAGUGUAAUAAGAAACGCCUCACUGUCUACCACCCCUCUGCAUACCUUAAUGGGCACUGGCUGUGCUGCAAAGCAACAGCAGAUAAUACCCCUGGCUGUACUCCCUGCACUGGGGGCCUCCCAGCAAAUAUCCAAUUAGACAUAGAUGGAGACAGAGAAACUGAACGCAUCUAUUCCCUUUUCAAUUUGUAUAUGGUUAAACUGGAGAAAAUGCAAGAGGCUUGUGGCAGUAAAUCUGUGUAUGAUGGACCAGAGCAGGAAGAGUAUUCAACCUUUGUUAUCGAUGACCCUCAGGAGACCUACAAGACACUAAAGCAGAUUGUAGAUAAUGUUAAAACCCUAGAGCAAGAACAUGCCCAGUACAAGAGGGAUAAAUUCAAGAAGACAAAAUACGGAAGCCAGGAACACCCCAUCGGUGACAAGAGCUUCCAGAGCUACAUCAGGCAGCAGUCAGAAAUCUCAGCGCAUUCCAUUUGAAGUCUGAAGGAAUUUACAAGGCGGUGCUGUUGACGGGUCGAAAUGAGAGAAAGGAAAAGAACGAAAUGAACAAAGAGAAGCCAGCCAGUAGCAGGAUGUACCUACUUAAACAUCGAGCUCGCUGAGGCUUGCUAAGUGUUUUUUCUCUCUCUAUCUCUCUCCAAGAACUGUUACAAUAGUCGCUAUGCACUUUAUUCAUCUGAUAACUAACAGAUGAAGGAACUCUGCCUUCUGGGCAAUUUUCAUUGUAUGUGUUGUGUUUGAGCUGUUUUUUCUUUUAAAAAAAAUGUUGCUCUGGUUUCUUGGAAUCUAGUGAUCAGUUCAAUGAUCAAGGUGUGUGGAUUUCAUAUUGACAACUUCCACAGUCCUGUACAUGGUUGAGAGCAUUCUUUUAAAUUUCUUAUUUUUGGUUGCUGACUACUUUCUUUUCUAUGCCACACAGCAAUUAGCGAAGGCUUUGCAGCACUUGCUUUUUUAUGGCUAUGUUUAAAACUUAAGCGGAGAUUAGCUCCUUUUGGUUUUUAGUGCAGUCUCCCCACAAGCAGGUUGAAAAGCAGGGUAUUUUGGUCUUCACAUCAGCCGUGUAAUAUUUGGUUAAGAGCUGGCUUUUUAAGGUAAAAUUCUAAUAUUUAAAUGGUACUCUUUGAUAUUUUUGAGAUACAAAAUCGUUUCCACCAAUGCAUUCUGUCGAUUUAUAUUUUUGCUAUAUAGUGGUGCCAUUAAGAAUAAUGGAAAUUAAUUCAAAGUGUAAA